GCAUUUUUUAGAGUGUAUUUAUAACCGAACACAAAGCUUUCGACAAGAAUCAGGAGAGAGAGAGGACAGGGAUUCAUUGGUAGUGAGUGACAGAGGAGGAGGAGGAGGAGAGAAGAAGACACAGGCUUGUUUUCUCAGUAGAUGCUGCAUCUCUCUGGAGAAGAAGUCGCCUCGUUUUCCUCUCGCUGGAUCAUCCAGUAUCUCCGUGAGCAUAUCUUCUCAGACGUGUGCACUUCAUCUCACUGUUCUCAAACUUUCUCCUGGGUUUGGUUGGAAACGGCUGGAAUGGGAAACGCCACGACGGAUAACAGCACCUCGACACAUCCCGACAGAAACUCCACGAUGCCGGAGAACCCGCUGGAGGUUCAGGCGGUCACCAUCUCUCUGUCUCUGCUGAUCUGCGGGGUGGGAAUCGCCGGGAACGCCAUGGUGGUUUUAGUGGUGAUCCGUAGCAAGCACAUGAUGACCGCAACCAACUGCUACCUGGUGAGUCUGGCGGUGGCCGAUCUGACCGUGCUCCUGGCCGCCGGUUUGCCCAACAUCUCCGAGGUCGUGGCUUCGUGGAUCUACGGAUACGCCGGCUGCGUUUGCAUCACGUUCCUGCAGUAUCUGGGCAUCAACGUCUCGUCUUGCUCCAUCACGGCCUUCACGGUCGAGCGCUACAUCGCCAUCUGCCACUCCAUCAAAGCCCAGUUCAUCUGCACCGUGUCCCGAGCCAAGAAGAUCAUCGCCUGCGUUUGGAUCUUCACGUCUCUGUACUGCAUCAUGUGGUUUUUCCUGGUGGACACCAAUGAGACGGUUUAUGGGAACGGCGUCGUGGUCCGCUGCGGCUAUCGGGUGUCCAGGAACCUCUAUAUGCCCAUCUACUUUCUGGACUUCACCUUGUUUUAUGUGGUUCCUCUCGUCGUGGCGUCGGUUCUGUACGGUCUGAUCGCCAGGGUCUUGUUUCGAGAUCCGCUGCCGUCGAAUCUCUCCGAGCAAAGGCUCUCCGUCCAUCAGAGCCGACGAAAGAGUUCAGUGAAGGUGUCCUGGAAAACGAACAGUGCAGCAACGUCCAGAAAACAGGUGACGCAGAUGCUGGCGGUGGUGGUGGUUCUGUUCGCGGUGCUGUGGAUGCCGUACCGGACUCUGGUGGUGGUGAACUCGCUCAUGGACCCGCCGUACCUCAACACCUGGUUCCUCCUCUUCUGUCGCAUGUGCAUUUACACCAACAGCGCCGUCAACCCCAUCAUCUACAACGCCAUGUCGCAGAAGUUUCGCGCUGCUUUCAAGAGGCUGUGCGACUGCAAGCGCAGCUCAGACCGACAGGGCCGAGCCGGAAGAUGUGUUUACUACAGCGCCAUGAAAGAUCUGUCCAGGAACACACACACGCGUGAUCUGAGCGCGGUGAUGGCAGCAGCCUCGGAUUCAUCUGUCACAAUAAGUGAUGCAGUUCAUCAGUUAAGAUGAUUUGCAUGCUUAUCGAACCUAGUUGUGAGUUAUGCAUUCUGAAUUGUGAGAUAUAGGCCUAUAAACGUGCAAUUCUUGGAAAAAAAGUCCAGAAUUAUGAGAUAAAAAUAUGCAUGUUUUUAUUAUUAGGGUGAUAUCAGAUAAAAUGGGCCACUCACAAACACACACAUUUUUGUUUUUAAAUGGCACAUAUGAAAUAUGUUUGUUUAAUGCAGUUUAAAUGGUAUGUGGCUGUAGAAGAAAUUGUGUUUUAAAAUUGAUGAUAAAUUGCUAUUUCCCUUUGCAGUUUGACUGGCCCAUUUUACCAGUUAUUGGCACAACUGAUGUUUCAAGAACUGUAGAGCCUAAAUAAUUAUAUUUUAUUAAAUGAUUUUAACACAAAUCUAUCAAAAACAGUCAUUAUUAAUCAUAAAAACACAUGGAAAUGGCAUAUAUUGUAUUAUUGUCCCACGAUUUACCAAAUAGUGGCCCAAUUUAGCUUAUACCCCUAUUAAAUAUAAUGUUAAACUUAUGCUUUAACAUUACUAAACAAGUUUUGGCUUUUUAAAAAUAAGUUACAUGAGAUUCAGCUCGAUUUUUAGUCAGUUUUAUAUCAUUUUAAUUUUAAUGAGUUAAAUUUAAGGCCGCCACUGAAGUUUUUACGUUUAAGACUGUUUCCGUUUUACAUCUGCAUUGUGAAUUAUCAUACAUCACUGUGGUUGUAGUGAUAAAUCCAGUAAAUAUUGACAGCGCUAUACUCAUAAAUGUGAGAAAUUAUUUAAUUAUAGUGUGUUGGCAUGUAAUGUUAUGUUAAAGUAAAAGUAGGAAUAUGAUGUUUAAGUGAAGCAUUUCAGGAGGAAUUGUCAUUGAUUUUUAAAAUAAGGGCUCAUUGUAUUCGGAAAAUUAAUUAACUUAUUUGGAAUAUUAAAACUGAAAACUUCAGACAAAAAGACAAAAACAAAAAACAAAAAAAAAACCUUAAAGACAUUUAAAUUAUUAAUGUCCCCUUUUAAUGUUAAUCUUUAAACACUACUACAUAAAUGCUCUUUUAGAGUUGAGAACUGAAAGUUACGCAUGUUUGAUAGUACUUAAUUUUAUAUAAACAUUUGAAACUUCUUGUUCUCAAAGAAAAGAUGUUUUAACAAAAUGCAAUCCAGAUUUUUGUAUCUGAAUGUAUUGAGAGCAUGAAAAAAAGACAAAAAUAUUGCAAAAAUAAAUUUAGCCUGGUGGUUCAUA